AUGCCUCCAAAGAAGCAAGUCGAAGAAAAAAAGAUCUUAUUAGGUCGUCCUGGUAACAACUUGAAAGCCGGUAUUGUCGGUUUGGCUAAUGUUGGUAAGUCUACCUUCUUCCAAGCCAUCACCAGAUGUCCAUUGGGUAACCCAGCCAACUAUCCAUUCGCUACCAUUGACCCAGAAGAAGCUCGUGUUACUGUUCCAUCUACAAGAUUUGACCAGUUGUGUGCAGUCUACAACAAAACAGCUUCUGCGGUCCCAGCCCAUUUAACAGUUUACGAUAUUGCUGGUUUGACUAAGGGUGCUUCUGCCGGUGAAGGUUUGGGUAACGCUUUCUUAUCUCACAUUAGAUCAGUUGAUUCCAUUUAUCAAGUCGUUCGUUGUUUCGACGAUGCUGAAAUUAUCCAUAUUGAAGGUGAUGUUGAUCCAGUUCGUGAUUUGGAAAUUAUUAACGAAGAAUUGAGACUAAAGGAUAUUGAAUUUUCAGAAAAGGCACUUGAUGGUGCUGAAAAAAUUGCCAAGAGAGGUGGUCAAUCUUUGGAAGUCAAGCAAAAGAAGGAAGAAAUGGAUUUGAUCACCAGAAUUAUUGAAUUGUUGAAAUCCGGCCAAAGAGUUGCUAACCAAUCCUGGACUCCAAAGGAAGUCGAAAUCAUUAACUCUAUGUUCUUAUUAACCGCUAAGCCAUGUAUCUAUUUGAUCAACUUGUCCGAAAGAGACUACAUCAGAAAGAAGAACAAGCAUCUUCUAAGAAUCAAGGAAUGGAUAGACAAGUACUCCCCAGGUGAUUUGAUUAUUCCAUUCAGUGUUCCUUUAGAAGAAAGACUUUCCCACAUGUCUGAAGAGGAAGCUGAAGAAGAAUUGAAGACCCUAAAUACUCAAUCAGCCUUACCAAAGAUCAUCACCACCAUGAGAAAGAAGCUAGAUUUGAUUUCUUUCUUUACCUGUGGUCCAGAUGAAGUUCGUGAAUGGACUAUUAGAAGGGGUACCAAGGCCCCACAAGCAGCCGGUGUCAUUCACAAUGACUUAAUGAAUACCUUUAUUUUGGCCCAAGUUAUGAAGUGUGAAGAUAUCCUUGAAUACAAGGACGACGCUGCCAUCAAAGCCGCUGGUAAGUUGAUGCAAAAGGGUAAGGAAUACGUUGUCGAAGACGGUGACGUUAUUUACUUCAGAUCCGGUGCUGGUAAGAAUUGA